ACGUGGUGAGGAGUGGAAUCAUCCUGAUUGUGCACCUAUCACCACGGUUGAGACCCGUACUGGGUUAGAGACUAAUCCCUAUAGUCAGGAGCAGCAAGAAAAGAUGGCCGCCUUAGUCAGAGAGAACAGGGAGAGGAAAGAGCGUGAGAAGCAAGCGAAGCUAAAGGCUAUCGCAGACGAACAGGCGGCGAAGAUGAAGAGAUUGGAGGAGGAGAUGAAGAAAGUACAACAAGAGGAGGAAGAAAGAAGAAAAGUUGCUGAAGCAGAAGCGGCAGCAGAAGAAGAGAAAGAGAGGAUGAGGAUUGAGAGUGGAGAAGGGAGUAGUGGUGGCACGAUGACGAGGGAGACAGAUACAGGGCUGGAGAAGAGGAUCAGCGAGUGGGUCGCUAAGUUAUCGUUGGGAGAAGACGAGGAGGCGGAGUCCUAUGUGACUAAGGAUGAGAAGGCUGCGCUGGCCGCUGAGCUAGCAGCCAUGACAGACCCGAUGGAACGAAGAGAGAGGGAAGACGAGCAAAAGUUAGCAUGGAAGUUGAGAAUGAAGACGGAGAAGAAGAGGAGGAGAGAGGAAGUGAAUAAGAUGACCGCAGCAGUGGCAAAGGUGCAGGAGUGUAGAGCRGAGGUGCUGGCCCAACCAGACGAUAAGGCCAAGUGGGACAAAGUACUGGGGUACCUGGAGGUGUUGAUAGUCUACUUAGAUGAUAUCCUAGUCUUUAGUAAGACCCUCCAGGAGCACCAGGGUCAUCUGAGGCAGRUHUUGGAGAAGCUUAGAGAGGCUAACUUCAAGAUCAACGCGAAGAAGUGCGAGUGGGCCAAGACGCAAGUCUUAUACUUGGGCCACGUGUUGGACGGAGAUGGCAUUAAGCCAGAGGACAACAAGAUCGCAGCGAUCAGAGAUUGGCCGACGCCCCGCACAUUGACAGAGUUGCGGUCGUUCCUAGGCUUAGCUAACUACUAUAGGAAGUUCGUAAGGAACUUCUCUACUAUCGCCGCUCCCUUGCGCAGGUUGCUGAAGAAAGAGGCAAUCUGGCAAUGGGACAAAGACUGUACGUCUGCGCUCAAGAAGCUAAAGCGCGCGUUAAUAGAAUAUCCUGUCCUCAAAGUUGCAGAUCCGUCUUUGCCAUUUGUCGUCACCACGGACGCGAGUCAAUAUGGGAUAGGCGUCGUGUUGCAGCAAGACGACGGCAAUGGCUAUAGACUCGUAGAGUUCAUGUCCGCGAGGAUGCCCUGUGAGAAGGUCGCUACCUCCACGUACGAGAGAGAACUCUACGCUCUCAGGCAGGCUUUAGAACAUUGGAAGCACUAUCUGCUUGGGAGACACUUCAAAGUGUAUUCGGACCACGAAACGCUUAGAUGGUUAAAGACUCAGGCCAAGAUGACACCUAAGUUGACUAGGUGGGCCGCAGAGAUAGACCAAUUCGACUUUGAGCUCAAGCCAGUGAAGGGCAAGUACAACGUAGUUGCGGAUGCUCUGAUAAAGAAUGGUCCGGUUGGUGGGUAUUGGAAGCGGGUCAUGUGGUGGCAGAAGCGACAGGACCACAUGCUCGUUGUCUUCGACGACGACACGAUGAAGAAGUUGCCCCUUGACGAGGUCGAGGGUGGAGGUAGUGGCGGCAAUGAGUCAGGAAAGGGUAACGUCACAAUCGUGGUGGCCAACAAGGGUGGCACCAAUUAGUGGAGUAAGAAGAAGAGGCCACACUCCUUUCCCAAGCAUCCCGGUCUUGCAAUUGAUAGGCCUUGGGAAAAGUUGGGACUCACUCGAGAAGAGUGGCAAGACCGAAUGAAUAACAAACAAUGCC